CCGCGAAGCGUUUAAACGCGCGCUGCCUAAACUCGUCUGGGCGAAUACGUGGUUCCCUGUCGUCGUGAGGGCUUAUCAUUGGGUAUAUUUGGAUAUUAGGAAGUCUUAUCCCAGUGAAGGUCCCAGAAAAAAUGGUGGUGUACGGUCUGCAUUUGGAGAUUCGUGAUUUCUAAGACGUGGAAUGCCACUGCGAAAAUCUCUCCAUGUCUAUGCUUUAGAGAUGGUUGAAUAGGGUAGAGAUAUGUGGCGUGCCAUUGCAGAAUGGAGUAUAUAAGUACGACGCCUUCACGCUUCUGGUAGUAUCAGAGCAUCCCAAGACAAUUCGACCAUACCACUAAAAAUCCAUCAUAUCGAACCCCCAAAUCCAGCCUUUGUUUCACUUCGACAGCCAAAAUGAGCGAAACCAACCCUCAACCAUUGAAGGUCGCCAUCAUCAUCGGCAGCAUCCGCGGCCACCGAGUCAGCCCUAAAGUGGCCGAGAUUGUAAAGAACCAUAUCGACGAGCAAGCCACCGCGUCUAACAUCGCCCUGACCCUCGUCGACAUCAAGGCCUUCAACCUCCCCGUUCUCGACGAAGACCUGGCGCCCGCGAUGAUCAAAGCCGGCGAGCACAAACACGCGCACUCGCGAGCAUGGAGCGCGGAAAUCGCAAAGUACGACGGCUAUAUCUGGGUGGUCCCGGAGUACAACAGCUCGGUGUCCGGCGCGGCGAAGAAUGCGAUAGAUUAUCUGUACAACGAGUGGACUGGGAAAGGCGCGGUGGUGGUGAGCUAUGGCAUCUUUGGGGGGUUGAAGGCGGGGGAGCACUUGAGUCAGAGCCUGCAGAUCAUGAAAUUGAAGGUCGCGGAAACAAGGCCGGCGUUGGCGUAUCAUGGGAAUGUCGGGCCGGAUCUCACGACCGGGAUGACCACGGGAGAAGUGGCUGAGGCGACGAGAAACGACUGGGAAGGAGAGAAAGUGAAAGGGGAGGUGGUGAAGGCAUUUGGGGAACUGGUGGGACUGAUCAAGGUAUAAACAAUCAACACGGGCGAUUAACACGGAGAGCAUGGGUUUUAGCUUAAACUGAAUGGAGCUUAGAUUGAAAAUACAAAGG